GAGGAUCAUGAAAAAUACAAGAAAGAUUUCAAGCAAGCCAAGCUAUCAGAGCAAGAUCUGAGGCGGGAUUACAUUGCUUCCCAGCUCCCUUGUGAUUUUGACCGCGAGAAUACGAAGUCUCCUUGCUAUUUUAAACCUUGUCAAAAGGACGACAAUGAUCUCAAGUGUCUGCGUUAUUUACUGGACUACUGUGGCGCAUUUCAAGACCGAGGCUGUGUCAUACAAUUGCCUCAUCUUCUCAAUAAACUUGAUGAAAGCGACUAUAAAGUACUUCAAAGGAUGGAAACGGAUUUCGGGUAG